AUGUCCAAGAGCCUGAUCCUUUCAUCGACUCCGGCAGCACUUAGACUCCAUUGGGAUGUGUUCUUAAGUUUUUGCAGAGAAGACACCCGCCACAGCUUCACCGAACAUCUCUACGAUUCAUUAAAAAAACAAGACAUCAGAGUCUUUGCAGAUGACUCGGCUGGAAUGACUCAGGGAGGCGAGAUUGCUCCACCUCUCAUGGAAGCCAUUGAAGAUUCAGCAUCAUCGAUCAUUGUUCUUUCACCAAGGUAUGCCAAUUCUCAUUGGCGUCUUGAGGAACUGGCUAGAAUAUGUCAGUUGAGGAGGCAGAUCCUGCCUCUGUUCUACCAAGUUGAUCCAUCCAAUGUUAGGAGACAGAAGGGUCCUUUCGAGCAAGAUUUUAUGAAUCAUCUGGAGAGGUUUGGAGAGGAUAAGGUGGCCAAGUGGAGAGAAGCUAUGAAUAAAGUUGGUGGUAUUUCUGGUUUCGUUUUCGACACCAGAGAAGAAGAUCAGUUGAUUCGGCGAUUGGUCAAUAGGGUUGUGACAGAAUUGAGAAAAACGCCGGUGGGAAUAGCUACUUAUACAGUUGGACUUGAUUCCCGUGUAGAAAACUUGAAGAAGAGAGAUAUGGGAAGACAAAUUGUUCAACAUGAAGACCUCCUAAAUCCCGGAAGGCGUAGUAGGCUAUGGGAUCGUGGCGAAAUCAUGACAACACUGAAGCACAAGAAGGGAACAAGACAUAUUCAAGGUAUAAUACUUGACUUUGAAAAGAAGAAUUAUAUGAAAACUCAAAGCGUUUCUUGGGUUAGAGCACGGAAUCUGUGUCCUAUACUUGCGAACUUGAUUGAAAAGAGUAAGAUGUUUCUUCGACAAGGUGCAGAGGAUGGAGAGUUGAUGCUUGGCACUGAAGCUUUGAAAUCAAUGGUUAAUCUGAGACUGCUGCAAAUCAAUCACGCAGAAGUGCAAGGGAAGUUCAAAAAUUUUCCUGCUGGCCUGAAGUGGCUUCAGUGGAAAAAUUGUCCUUUGAAAAAUCUUCCUUCUGAUUAUGCUCCUCAUGAGCUAACGGUGCUUGAUCUCUCGGAGAGCGGAAUUGAGCGAGUUUGGGGUAGGACCAGUCACAAGGUGGCUGAGAACUUAAUGGUUAUGAAUCUUCGCUUUUGCUAUAAUCUUGUGGCUUGUCCUGAUUUAUCCGGAUGUAAAGCCUUGGAAAAACUUGAUCUCGAGGGUUGCGGGCGGCUGAAUACGAUUCACAAAUCAGUGGGGAAUGUAAGGACAUUGUUUCAAUUGAACUUGAAUGAUUGCUCAAACCUUGUUGAAUUUCCAAGCGAUGUCUCCGGGCUCACACUUCUUCAGAACCUUAAUCUCUCUAAAUGCCUAAAUUUAAAAGAAUUGCCACAGGACAUAGGCAGCAUGCAUUCCCUAAAACAACUUCUUCUUGAUGAAACAGCUAUAUCAGUGCUUCCCCAGUCUAUUGUUCGGCUUACAAAACUGGAGAAGCUUAGUUUGAAUGGUUGCCAAUUCAUGACAAGGCUGCCAGAACGCUUGGAAAACCUGAUUUCUCUGAAAGAACUCUAUCUCGAUGGAUCUGCAGUAGCAGAACUGCCUGACUCGGUCGGAUCUUUGUCAAACCUGGAGAAGCUAAGUUUGAUUCGGUGUCAAUCACUAACUGCAAUUCCUGAAUCCAUUGGCAAUCUCCAGUCGUUGACCGAUGUUUUUAUCAAUAGCAGUCCCAUCAAGGAAUUGCCUGCUGCAAUCGGUUCUUUACCAUAUUUAAAGAAAUUGUUUGCUGGAGGGUGUCAUUCCCUGAACAAAUUGCCCGAUACAAUUGGAGGACUAGCUUCUAUGAGCGAACUUGAGUUAGAUGGGUCAUCAAUCUCAGAUCUUCCAGAGCAGAUUGGUGGUUUGAAAAUGAUUGAGAAGCUUAACAUGAGGAGAUGUACAUCUCUUGGAUCUUUGCCUGAAGCAAUUGGGAGCAUAUUGAAUGUUACAACCAUAAACUUGUUUGGUUGUAAUAUUAUUGAGUUGCCUGAAUCCAUUGGAAGGCUGGAACACCUUGUGUGGUUGAGAUUGGAUGAGUGCAAAAAGCUCCACAAGCUUCCAGUUUCUAUAGGAGAGUUGAAGUCUUUGUGCCACUUGCUAAUGGAGAAGACGGCUGUUACAGUACUCCCUGCAAGUUUUGGAAAGCUCUCUAGCUUAAAGAUCUUGAAAAUGGGAAAAGAGCCACUUGAAUCUCUCACCACACAAGAGCAGUUAGUUGUCCUCCCAGUUUCUUUCUCAGAACUCUCCUUGCUACAAGAACUACAUGCUCGUGCUUGGAGAAUAUCAGGUAAAAUUCCUGACGAUUUUGAGAAACUUUCAUCGUUAGAGUUAUUGGAUCUCGGCCAUAACAAUUUCAGCAGCCUUCCAUCUAGUUUAUGUGGCCUCUCUCUUCUAAGGACGCUUCGGUUGCCCCAGUGUGAACAACUUGAGUCUCUCCCUCCGCUUCCCUCGAGUUUAGAAGAAGUGGAAGUUCCCAACUGCUUUGCAUUGGAAACAAUAUCAGAUGUUUCAAAUUUGGGAAGCUUAACGUUACUGAACAUCACAAAUUGCGAGAAAGUGGUGGAUAUUCCAGGCAUUGAAUGCUUGAAAUUCCUCAAACGGUUAUAUAUGAGCGGUUGCAACGCAUGCUCCUUGACGGUGAAGAGAAGACUAUCCAAGGUUUGCUUGAGGAAUAUUCGCAACCUAAGUAUGCCUGGGAGCAAAAUCCCAGAUUGGUUUUCUCAAGAAGAUGUAAUUCACUUUUCAGUGCGAAGAAACCGUGAAAUCAAAGCUGUGAUUAUAGGUGUUGUCGUCUCUCUCGAACGUCAGAUACCAGAGGACUUAAGAUAUGCCCCACUUAUACCAGACAUUCAAGCCCAUGUACUUGAUCAGAAUAUACCUAUUUUCAAGACCGCAUUGUACUUACGGGGAUUACCGAAGACUCAUGAAGAUCAAAUCCACUUCUGUCGAUAUUCACAUAUCAAUCCUUUGGUUUUUAUGUUGAAAGAUGGCUUUAAGAUACAGGUAAGAAAGCGAGAUCCACCUGUGAUUGAAGGGGUUGAGCUGAAGAAGUGGGGAAUUCAUCUGGUUUAUGAAGAUGAUGAUGAUUAUGAUGGAAAUGAAGAUUCAUUGGAUGAAAGUCAGCAAUCUGUAUCACAAAAACUGGCAAAAUUUUUCAAUUUAUAUGAAGAAGAUAGCCAAGUUUGCUAA